UAAAGCAAUUCAUCCCAUCAUCACAUUUGAGGUUCUCUCUUACCCAGAUGUCUUUGCUACCCUCCGGGGUCACAGGGGCCUGUACGAUGCCUGGAUCAACUUUUCCUUGCAGCUCUCCCUGAGGCAGACUCUUGGGGAAUCUGCUGCCAGCCACAUUCUUGUAACCCCUACCCAUAUGCGUCACUACAAGCAUGGCCGUUGCGAUCCGACAUACUCCCUCACCAUGCAAUCCUACCAGCUCAUCGGUGCUUUGGAAUCCUGCAUCGGACCAGACAACAACCCUCGAUACACGAACGAACUGCUCCGUCUGUUCCAUGUGGCUUUCCUGGAGCACAAAAACCUGAUUAAAGCCACUAAAAGUGGACAUGGUGUGGGCCCUCACCUAGCAGCCCUACGCUGGUCCAUGUCUCCAGACAACCCUCUCAAGAAGUUUCUUGACCCCUUUGGGUGCCCCUCUGUUUACCUUACUGGCAAGGAUUUGAUGGAGGGAGUGGAGCUUGCUGUAGGGAAUGUGUAUGCUAAAGACCAACUUGCUGUAACCUACCUGGGGAGGAGAGACCGGGUCCGUAUAGUGCUCAAUGGUAAAGGCACCUUUUCCACCGUGUUGGAGAAGCUUCAAGAUAGCCUGAAAGUAAAUCUGAAGCUGGUGAUGCUUCUCGCUGUCAGAUAUUCCAUCGCCGGACAAAUGGGAGCCAUGGAGUGUCUGCUGCAAGAAGAACAAGCAGGAAGAAGGAAUGGAUCCUCCCAAGGGGAAAUUCACAAAUGUUUCAGUCCAGCAGGCCAAAAACAAGGCACGACAAUGUCUAAGUCAACACUUCCCUCUAACUCUGCCUCCAGCAUGAGUCCAGACUUCACUCUGGUGAUCCAUGGUGGAGCUGGGGAGGAGAUGAUGCUGAAUACAAAGGUGGUAGGCGUCAUUGAAUUUGCACUCCAGACAGCUCUGACCCUCGGAUCACAAGUGCUACAACAGGGAGGCAGUAGUCUUGACGCAGUGCAGCGGAGUGUGCAAGCUCUUGAAGACUGCUUUCUGUUCAAUGCCGGGAAGGGAUCUGUUUUCAACAAAGAUGGGAAAAAUGAGAUGGAGGCGACCAUAGUAGAUGGAAAUGGGAUGAACUCUGGAUCGGUGGCUUGUGUGCAGAGUGUGAAGAACCCUGUGAAAGCAGCAAGACAGGUCAUGGAGAAGAGCGUACACUCACUCUUAGUAGGGGAAGGUGCAGAAGAGUUUUUGCAAGGCUUAGAAGAGAGUGAGAAGCCUAUGAGGGCGGAGUACUUCCAAACUGAUGUCCGUCGCAGAGAGCUGACAGCAAAACUCAGUACUGGCAACGCCUCCAAGAACAACCAUCCACAGAAAGUGGGAGCUGUUGCUUUGGAUCGAUGGUGUAGGUUAGCUGCUGCAACGUCCACAGGUGGGUUGGUGGGAAAAUGGAAGGGUCAAGUUGGAGACACAGCAGUAGUGGGAGCAGGUAUAUUUGCUGAUGACAAGCUUGCAGUAACCUGCUCUGGUGAUGGAGAUGUGUUUCUAAGACACACAGUUGCACAAAAAGUGGCCAGUCUCUACCAUCAUAAAGGCUACAGCCUUAGGGCGGCAUGUCAAGAAGUCAUGUCUGAGAACUUGAAGGGCAGCUGUGCUGGAAUCAUUGCUGUAGACGCAAAAGGGGAUGCUGUUGCUGAAACCAAUGUUGGGGUGUUGUUUGUAGCUUCCAUGGUUGGUGGCAUUGCACGUGUCGAAGUCCUGAGACCCAUGAAGAGUUAUUUCAAUGUAAUCUGGGAGACUGAUGAACUAGUUGCUCACCUACACUCCAACCCUUGGACACCAGGUGCCACCAUCCUUACCCAAAAGACUCUGAGUGGGCCAAGCAGCAUCUUUCAGCUGGUUGAACCAGAUUUCUUAGCACUGUUGCAAGGCGCACGGGCUGUUUCAAACCUGCUAUGCGAACGACUGGGGGUACAGCGUUGCGCCCUAGUAUUUAACCCACAUCCCGAGCAGCCGGCCCAUAUCCGAGUGCUUCCACUUCAUGGUUUGGAAUCCAACUGGCGCUCCCUACCUACUGGGGAGGAGGACUUUCAGCCCUAUGACCCAGGUUACUGCACCUCAAAGAGUGGCCCGCGCUGGGAAGAUGCAGAUCUGGACCAGGUUCAGGCCAAGAUUCGGAACAAGCUGCCAACGCCUAACGCACCAUCGUGCUAUGACUUCUUAGGAGAUCCUUCCCACAAUGGACUGUUCUGCCGUAUUGUGCGUGGGGAGGAGCAACAGUGGCGGGUGUGGGAAGACAGUGAUCAUGUGGCUUUCCUCACUCCCUACCCUAAUACACCUGGACUCACAGUUCUAGUGCCACGUAAACCACUGUCCAGCAACAUUUUCCGUCUGGAAGAGACUGAUUACACAUCACUGAUCCUGGCCACUCGUAAGGUAGCUGGACUGCUGGAGGAAGGAAUGCAUGCUCGAGGUGUUGCACUCAUCUUUGAGGGCUUUGAGAUUGAUUAUGCCCAUGUCAAGCUGAUCCCUCUGGUUCCUCCACGUUGUGACAAGCCUGCUGAGGUGUUCCCAGAGUACUUCCAAAGCUACCCCGGCUACGUCUCAUCUGUCGAUGGCCCUCCCUCCAGCCCUGAAACUCUAAAGGAAAUCCACACCAAAAUCACACUUUGCAGGCCUCCUCGUUCCUGGGAGGAUCCACAGAGCCACUCCAUGUUAGCCAUCAAGAGCCAGUGGUACCGCAAUCUCUUUCAAAUUCAAAAUACCCUCUUCCACAACACAGUGGAGUACUUCAACAACACCUGUCAGUACGCGUACGCCCUGACUCCUCUCACCACUGACACAAUCUCCUCUCCGAUGGGCCUGGGAUCAGACUCCGAGCCCGUUUACGUCAACUUGCUGGGGCAGGAUGUGUACUUGGCUGACUCCAUGCAAUUUGUGCUGGAGUAUUUCUUGCGAUUCCAAGAGAACUUGCCAGGGACAUACUACGUAUCGCCAAGUUUCCGGGGAGAAGAUCCAGAUGCCACUCAUCUUAACCAGUUCUACCAUGUUGAGUGUGAGCUCCUGGGCGACAUGGAUACUGCCAUGCACAUAGCUGAGGGAUAUGUGGCUCAUCUCACCAAUGCAAUGCUGAAGAAACACUCCAACAUCAUACUGAACUCCGCUGGGACCCUUUCACAUGUCAAGGACUUACUGGAGAAGUUGGAGGGAGGAACCCCUCUCCCAAGAGUCACUCUGGACAAGGCCAUCCCUAUGAUGCCCUCGCCAGACUGCUUGGAGUGGGUACAGGACGGCCAGCCCCAGUUUGGCAGGAAGGUAACCCGCAAAGGAGAACAGGUUUUGAUUGAGAAGUAUGGAGGCGCUGUUUGGCUGACAGAGAUGGACCACCUGGGAGGUCCUUUCUACCAAGCAUAUGUGGAGGGCUCGGGCAGACGCAAGGCAAAAGCAUCGGACCUCCUCUUGGGAUUGGGGGAGACUCUGGGUCUUGGGGAGCGUCACUCCAGCCCCGAGAUGGUGCAAGAAGCCCUGAGACAUCAUGCAGUCCCAGAGGAAUCCUACAAGUGGUACAUCAACAUGCGGCAGGUCAUUCCUCUACUCACCAGUGGGUGGGGCAUGGGCACCGAACGCUAUUUGUGUUGGCUGCUUCAGCAUAAUGACAUCAGAGACAUACAUAUUAUACCUCGCAUGAAGGCCAGGAAAUACAUGCCUUGAAAUAUCCUUAACCCAUUAGUUACCCAAAGACGGAUGAAAAAGUUGCCUAACUGUCAGCUCUUUCAUUGAACGUCCUAAGGGAUUCAAGGUGUAUUUUUUAUUUAGACUAUUUUCUACAUUGCAGAAUAAUAGUGAAGACAUUACAACUAUGAAAUAACACAUAUAGAAUCAUGUAGUAACCAAAAAAUGUUUAAAAAAAUCUAAAUAUAUUUUAUAUUUGAGAUUCUUCAAAGUAGCCACCCUUUGCCUUGAUGACAGCUUUGCACACUUUUGGCAUUCUCUCAACAAGCUUCAUGAGGUAGUCACCUGGAAUGCAUUUCAAUUAACAGGUGUGCCUUGUUAAAAGUACAUUUGUGGAAUUUAUUUUCUUCUUAAUA